GCUGUUACAUGCAUUUGAUAGUAAUGGGGUUUAUAGGUCCUUGAAUGAGCAUAUACAAUCAAACUUCCUGAAAAAUCAUUACGACGAUUAAAAAAAGAAAAAGAAAGCAGGGACACCUGCUGGAAGGUACGAAAUGAGAAAUACCAGAUUAGCAUGCAUGUACAUUGUUUUGUGUCAUUAAGAAAAAAUAUGUCAGAUAUGAAAUGUUUGGAAAUAGCAGUGUCCAAUAGGAUCUCAUCGACGUAGAAAAUGUCACAGGAAUAAAAUAUUCUGUUAAUGUUUACAGGGGUUUAAUUUGGCAAUUUUCUGAGACAUGGUAGUUGGUUAUUUAUGUUUUAUUGUCUAAUACGGAGACAUUUAUUGCGUUUAGUGAUGAGACUCAUAUCAUCCUCCCCCAUUGCAUGUAUUUUUAGAUUUUUAUCGAUGCUGAAACGAAUAUUGUUUUAGCGGAUAAUGUACAAAAAAAAAGGAGUAGAUAUUUGCUGGAUGAGUUCUGUUACAUUAAAUAUCAAUAACUUAAUGAGUAAAUCAAUGCAGUUUUUAAUGUUGGGACAAAUUAGAAGUGGGUUGAGGCAAAUCGAGAUGCAAGUCUCUUGGGUAAAAUCAAUUUGAAUACUCCCCUGACCUUUUGAUGCGAAAUAGCACCAACAACAGUAGUGCUGAAAAGCUCUACAUAUUAACCUCAAUUAUCAAAUUGGAUUGCAAAAUAUAGUCCAAAAAGGGGCUAAAGAAAGAUCUUUAAAAAAUUCUAUUUUCUAAACUGUCCAGGUAAUGGACUUUAAUUUAAAAAAGGUGCUGGGAAAUUUCAUAUUUAUAGAAAUGCACUUCCUUGUUGCAGAGUAAGACAAUCCCAUUGUGUUGCUAUUUUUGGUAAAAAGCAGGUGUCGUUUUGACCCAGUAAUGAGAGGAUGAUUUAGGACAUUUAGAUUGUCAGAGGUUUCUGUCAGGUGAUAAUUUUCGAAAGGUGAGCACUUAAGAAAGAGUUUUUAACCUGGACAAAAUUCGAAGUGCGUUGCAGAGAAAACAUUUGCCUACAGGGAAUAUAUUAUUAGGUGGCGUGCCGUGAUGAAAAACAGAUAUUCUUAUUGCGUUGAUACCAACGAUGACAUGAUUAACACAUCCAACACCACUUCAACCAUUGCCACCGCGAAAGACAAGGUUCUGUUUUUACCCGGUCCACUUCUAAACUACCAGCAACAGAGCGAAGCAUUGGCCAGCAUGAACGGCAUCGAUCCCGUAAGGCUCAACGAAGUCCUGCAACAGAUCGCUCGGACGCAGCGACAACGCACGAGCAGUAUCGAGUCAGAGGAAGCUGUAAACGAUCGAGGGGUGGAUACAAAAUCUUCAGUGGACAGAGAUCAGAAGAGCCCAUUCCCAGGCCAAAUGCACUGGAGCAGUGAUGGAUUAAAGAUGCUGAAAAUUGUUCAAAACCAAGAAUCUCAGAGGGCAGACUCCCAGUCCAAUGGACGUUCACAGGAGGACAGGGGUGAACCGUUCAGCCCCGCCUCACACAAAUCUAGUCGCAUCCAAUCACCCGAAGCCUCCAUCAAAUCGCCCACCUUCACCGAGUCUGCAACCAAUAAAUCUUCCAUUUACAACCAAAACCAUUCUCCCAUGUCUUUGUAUUCAGAUGCCAUCGCAUCCAAAAAGAACAACCGGCUAUACGCGGCGGAAAACCGAUUUUCACCUGACGGACAUUCAGACCGUGUGCCCAGUUCGACCUUCACCCCGAAUUCCAAUCACAGGUCAAGGACACCUUCAUCAGAACAAGACCGCAAGGUCAUCAUGUCGCCUCCCCCCCAUGGGGUCGACCAGCCAUUGUACAUUCAAACAGACACCAGGGACCAGAAGUCUUUGUCCGAGAUGGAGGGCCUAGUGUCCACAACAGAGCCGACGGAACGGAAACCAAACCAGAGGCCACCCGCUAACAGAGAACCAGAGAAGGCCAUGCAGGUCAACAGUCCAUCCUCAACUUCUGGUUUGCCUAAAUCCAAUGGUACCAGCAACAACAACUGGAACCUAAAGUGUUUGGUGUGUGGAGACCGGUCGUCCGGAAUCCACUACGGAGUCCUCGCAUGUGAAGGCUGCAAGGGUUUCUUCCGUAGAGCUCUGCAGGAUAUCGGAGACCCCGCUCGCAAACGGUGCUAUUACAACAAAAGCUGUGACAUCACAAUCUUAACUCGCAAUCGAUGCCAAUACUGCCGUCUACAAAAAUGUCUGGCCCUGGGCAUGUCUCGAUCAGCUGCAAAAUUGGGUCGAAGAUCUCGCAAGAUGAGGGAGAUGAUCAAAACCAUGGAGGACUCGCAAACCGAACAGGCCCUUCAUGGCCUACUGAGUUUGAACUCAGAAGCAGAACGUCGCAUUGCUGCCUCCGCAGGAGAAGCUGCCAAAAGUGAGAUUGGACCUGAGAAUCUCCACAAGGAGGCUGCACCGCAAGCAUCGAUGGCUGCCCUGUCAAUGCUUCUGAAGCAGAGGGCCCAGAGUCAGCACUCACCAGACCAGAACCGAAAUUCUGUGGAAACCAACUGCUCAACAGAGGACAGCAACGACAGCAUGCAGAGGGUCAGCAUUAAACAGGAAAACACUGAGGACGAGUACGCCUCCAGACCCGCGUCAAAUCACGAAAUUAACAAUAUUCCUGCCCACUCACAAAAUGGCGACCCAGCUGUCCGCAACUCCAUUGUCAGCUCGUUGCUGACGCUGCCCCAGCACGUCGCUUUCAGAUAUCCCCACCCCCCGUUCCUGUUACAGGGAGGGGACGAGAAGACAAGCCUUGAAGAGGCCUUCCCCCAGUAUGUCCAGAACCUGAUCAAUCACCACAAUGAGAUAGCGGCCCACGAAAACUUCCUGACCCAGCAGCAGCACUCGGUCAUCGUGGAGAACAUGACCCUUGACCUGCGUAAACACAACCGAGGGGAUGGACCUGAGGAAAAGUUCCAUCGAAGCCCCAUCAAGAAGCGACCCUACAAUCCCAAUGCGAGUUCCGACAUUUACCCCGAACCAACCAAGUAUGCACGCACCGAAACAAUCUCAGAGAGGGCAGAGUCUCCUGAAUCGCCCCAGAAACUGGUCAUCAACAUGGGCCAGGACUACAGCAUAAAGCAGUCCUCCUCCCCUCCCCCUAGGCCCCACCCACUGUACCGGGGGGAGAGAGGCCUCGAUCACACGGCGGUUGUGGCGCCCAUUGUGAAACCCAACAUUUACAUUCACCGGGAGGAAGACACAAAACUGACAAUUCCACUCCUGACGUUCAAAAUCCACGAAUCGUUUAAUCAGACUUUUACAUUCCUGAAGCUUCAGCUGAACCACAUGGAGGAGAUCCUGGCCCUCCACAAAGACAGGCUGGCACGCAUCGAUCAACUGUCCAUCAGCAACCCCCACACACUCAAGAGCAUCCUGUUCCCAGAAUUGCACGCUCAAUUAAGAAAUCCAGAUGGCACAGUUUGUGAGGCGGGAGAGGUAUGCUGGGAAGGAUUCCAAAGUCUUCUGAACAAAACCAUCCAAGAUACGGUCAUCUUUGCCAAGAAAAUCCCUGGCUUCCCCCACCUGGAUCAAGAUGAUCAAAUUAGUCUCAUUAAGGGAGGCUGCUUCGAGGUUGCCUGCGUGAUUCACUCCAAAUUCAUCGACUCGGACACCAACACCAUGUUUGUUGCUGGCAAGAACACCCUUGUUUGUCGAGAGGACAUGAAGCGGGGAUUCCCCCUGGGAGAGCACUUUGUGGAACUCUUCUUCAACCUUUGUGUGCGCUUCAAUGCUUACAAGCUGGGAGACGCUGAAAAAGCUCUUUUCAGUGCUCUUGUUCUUAUUUCACCAGAUCGCCAGGGUCUGAAGAACAGAGAGAAAGUAAGCAAACUACAGGAGCUUCUGAUCCAAGCCCUGCAGACCCAGAUCACACAGAGUCACCCCACAGAGGUGGGCCUGUUCCCGCGCCUCCUGAUGAGCAUCUCCAGCCUUCGUGAGCUCGGGGUCGAGCACCGGCGCAUGCUCGAGAGUCUCAAGCACCAGAUGAGCUUCCGCCAUGAUUUGUACGCUGAAACCUUUGAUCUCUGCUGAUAAAGACAAUGUUGGAUUUAUUAUUCCAUGGGGAAAAAAAAAGAUAGAGGAGUAGUUGGGUGGAUCUAAAGAAUGAUAAUUUAUCCUUGCUCUGUUUCUCUUUUUAAGUACAUGGUAAAUUCUGAUAGCAAACUUUUUUUAUUUACUCAUGAUGUUUGUAAAUGAUAUGUGUUAUUUAUUUGAAUUUUUUUUUUUUUUUUGUUCCUAUCUUAACUACAAAACUUGUCCGUUAAACAUAUUUUGAAUGACUGGUUUAUCCAAGAUGUAGAGACUUUACACAGUCGAGUGAUGUCCUGUUAGUGCUAUGUAAUUUUUUUUUUUAGGAAUACGUUAAAAAAAAAAAAAUCAGUUCAAGAUUUUUUUGAUUGGUCACGAGAUCCAGUUGUAUGUGAACUCCUUAUCUAUAUCUAUCACCCGAUUUGUGAUACCUUGUUGUUUAAUUUAUCACCUAUUUAUUGGCUGUCUCGACUAAGUUAUUGGAUUUUUUAUUUUUUGAUUUUUUUGGGGGAUGUUCAUUGUGACUCGAUCAAUUUUAUUUGAUGAUAGUGAACAGAUACAUGUUCACUAUGAAUCAUAGUGGAUUGGAUUUGAAGUGGAGUAUUGUUUAUUUAUUUCAUGUUGUUAAGCCAUUGUUAUGAUUUUUUUCCACCUGUAUUUAUAGUCUGAAUAUAUAGAUAUAUGUAUAACAGUACUAUUUAUUGAUGAACAGAUUGUCCAAUAAGUUUUCAUUGUCUAUUUAUUAUACAUUAUUCAAAUGGAAAAGUAUGACCCGAGUAUUAUGAUGUUUUGUUUUUUUUUUUCCAUUUCAUAUCAUUCAAAAAAAGAUUUUUUGAUUGUAAAAAGUGUCUGAAAAAGAUAUGGUACAGCAAUUGUCAUCUUAUUGCUCUGAAACAAAGGUGCUAUAAUGUGGGAGAUAUUUACAAGGAGGUUUCUAUAUAAAGCCAUAUUUGAUUGUUCAUUACAAUAAAUGGCAUUUACAAUUAUGCUACGAUAUGUACAUGUUGGUCUACAACAGUGAUAUAUUGAUUUUUACAUGUUUUAUGACUUGUUAAUGAAGAAGUUAAUUAACCAGCAAGUUGAAAAGUCACACAGAAGGAUAUUCUUCUUUUUUUAUAUAUAGAUUUGUAAAUUUUGGCUGCAAUCCUUGCCAUUUUUUGUGUCAUUAUGUAUCCCACAAUUCAUCAGAUAUCCCAUAAUUCAAUGGUGUAACCAUGGAUAUGUAAACCCUCAUGCUGAUUGCAAAUUAUUCAGCUAGAUAGUACCAUAUUACAUUCCAAGAAAUCACAGCUAUGACGACACAAUUCCCAGCAUCUAGUUUUCUGUGCAACAGCUACAAUAGAGACUUAAAUAUACUAAAACUAUAUGAAAGAACCUUUUGCAAAUCUUGAACUGAAUUUUCUAGUUCACUGCUUUCAACAUAUCAAUAUCGAUAGAAGUAUCUUACAGAUUUGCAAAGAGAAUAAGUGGAAAUGUUUUCGUUGCAAAAAAAUCCAGUAUUUUGAUGUGUAUUGAAUUGCAUAUUUUAGAGUUAAAAAAAAAGAUAAUUGUCCAAAUAAAGAGAUUGCUUUCAAGAUUUGUGGAGAGAAAAAAAGCUACUUUGAAUAAGGUUGUAAUCUUCCAAGGAAUUUUGUAAGAUGUUUCAUUUUCUAGAUUGUUCUGUGUCAUGUGACGCAAAAAUCCUUAACUAAGCAAUGCACUGAUCAUGGAACACAAUGUGAAAUCCUGUAAGGAUACUGGAAUUUACUGUUGGUUUAAAUCAUUAUAUGCAAGAACUUGUGAUAAUUGGUUCUAUAUCAUGUUGAAUUGAAACUUCCCUCUAGUGCUACAAAGAUUUUUUUUUGCCUGUCGGUACCAUUAUGUGAAAUAUGUAAGCAUUUUCCAAUAUGCAUGUCUUGUUAACAAUUUUUUUCAACUUUAAAAUAUCAGUUGUUAUAUUAUUCUAGCAUACCAAGUGGUCGCUUUUUUUUAUGGUCUUGCGUGCUAUAUAUGUCAAUGACAAUGUUUGAAGACUAAUAAUGCAAAACCAACGUCAUAUUGUAAUAGCAAAAUGAAAAAACCCAUGUACAUAAGAUGAGUUGUGGAAUUUGCUUUUGUACAUAGCAGUUCGAAUUGAAGUGGUGCUUCUUGCAAAUAUUGCAGCAUUCUUUACCUGUUAUCAUAGGUUUUACUUGUCACCAUUUACACAUGUUAACUGAAUUUUUUCCUAUUUUCGUUAAUCUGUAUUUACAUAGACUUGUUGCUAGGUAACAUGUAAACAUAACUUUGGUUGUUGUCCGAAAUGCUCUUCUUCGGUUUGCAUCAAAUGCAAAUCUUUCCCCAUCAUGCAAACACAGAAAAAAUAUUUAUAUUAACCAACCAUCAUGAAUGUAAAGAUCUCGCUUCAGUUUCAUCAUUUGCUUGGAUAAUGGUUGCAAUAUUUCGUAAGUCAGAAGUCCGUCAAUUUGGACUUCUUACUAUUCAAAGAAUUUUUUUUCAAUUUUUUUUCUGUUUGCUGCAAUAGAUUAUCUCUAUGAAAGUUAGAAAGAUUGCCAAAUCCGUAGGUUCGACCCAAGUUUGAGGAAGUUAAAUGCACAGUUUAUUUUCCUCGAAACUUCAGAGAAAGUUUGCCUAGAGUAGAUAUAUUUUGUACAGUGUUGGGAGUGUGUUAUUUAUUUGGGGAAAAAACACCUUUUUUGUCCAUGUUUUCUUUCUGUAUGACGAAAAACCAAUUAGAACUACAAUAAAAUUUAUUUAUUUUCCCUUCGAUAAAAAACUUGAUUUAGUGCUAAAAUCAUUCAGAACUGCAAUAACUUUUAUUUAAUCUUCUUUAUAAAAAACUCAAUUUAGUGCUCUGGGUUUUUUUUUUUUAGUGAUAUUUGUGAUUCAAGAAUUUUUCUUUUCAAUUUUUUGAGCUACUGGAAACUUCUUUCAUUUGUCAAUGUAACACAAAUGAAUAAUUGUAUAAAAUUGUUGUUUAAAAAUUACAUUUCCAUUGUUUAUUUAUUGUAAAGUUUUGUUUAAUGAUGACAAAUGUUCAACUUUUAUUGAUGAGUUUGUAGAAAGCCACUCUACCAGCAUGUUAUUGUAUUUCGUUAUAGUGAUUCAGUGUGCAGUGUGCAUCUUGAGAGAUUGUGUCAUCUUUUUUAUUAUUAUUAUUAUUAUCCCAUUUAUUAAUCAUUAAUUCAUACUGAAGGAUGAAGUAUACAGCCCUCAAGUUUGUUAGUGAGAAUUGAAAGGAUAAAGGAACUUUGGGCGGAGACCCCAAUUUCCUUCCUCUGGUAUUGUAGAUUUUGUUAGUUCUGUAAUUUUGCACAUAAAAAACUUGUUUGAUUCUAAAACCAUUCAACCAAAUCCAUAGAGUUUAUAGCCCCUUUGCUCCAUCAAAAAAAAAAGUUUUCAAAACAAAAAAAAAAUGUAAGAAUAAAAAAUUUCAUAUUUUCAGUCUGAGCUGCAGUUUUUGAAAAAAAACUGUAGACUUCAUGUCCUCUGUUCAUAUUUCGUGCUGUCAUCAAAUUAUCGUCCCUCCGCUUCACACUGUCAAACAGUGGUGUUUGCACUCACAUUUAGUACACACUUUGUUUUCGACCGCUUGACCAUUUAGACUGGAAACUUCCAUUUCGCAGUUUCAAACUUGUCUCGAGUCUCUACAAAGGUUCAAAUUGGUGCUGGUAUUUAUUUAAUAUUUAUUCUUUCUUUUUUUUUGAAAUGUGUAUUAUUAUUUUUUUCUAUCAAUUAACUAAAUUAGUUUUUUUUUUUGUGCUUUCUAUGUCCAGCAAAUUACAGUGUUUGUGUGUUUAUUUAUGCUGCACCAUCAAAACCAAUGUUUGUGUUAGAAGAAUAUUUUCCUUUCCUCUUUUCUCUUCUUCUUUGCUUCUUCAUUAGGUAUUUUAGAAAGUUUGGAGUGCUCAUGAAUGUUGUCAUGUAAAUUUUGUUUUCCUUUCAUCUAUUUAAUUCCAUUUCUAUUUUUAUACAUUGAAGUAUAAAUGAAAUUCAUGUCAGUGAGGUUUUUUUUCUGUUUCGUUUCGUUUCUUUUUAUCUCUGCCUAAUUUAUUUAAUUUAAUUAUGCCACACACAGAAAAACUGUUGUUAUUUUGAAGAAAAAAAAAUGAAUACUAGUAUUUGUCAUGAUAAUCAGUUAUAAUCAGUUUGCUAUCAACCAAGAAUGAUUAAUUAACAAGAGGUGCAACUAAUUAAUUAAUGAAUUUGAUGUGUUUACAGUUUUCUUUAUGAUAAACAACAUCCAGUUUUUGUAAUGUUUAGUAUUUUUCAAAUCAUAUAAAUAUAUUGAAAUUCAUAAAUGCUUGUGAAAAUGAAAUCAUUUUUAAAAAAAAAAGAUUCAAUUGCUACAUUUGUAGUAGAAUGACAAUCUUAGAGUAUUAUUAAUUUGUAUUUUUGAUUUUAAUAAUUUUUCAAAGUGAUGAAUUACAAUCCCCUUUCAAAGUGUCCACUUAAAAGGAAAGAUAACUCUUAACAAACCAUAAUUGUACAAAACUUAUAAAUAUUUUAACAAAAAUUAUCACUUUAACAUUAAAAAAAACUGUACAGUGAUGUAAUUCUGAUUCACUACUAGUAUUUACCAAAAAUCUAUAUCACUGAAUCAAAUGUUUAAACAUCUCUCAUUUUUUGGAAAACUAGAUUUGGGUUCACUGUUGCCAAGAGCAGAGUUUUAGAGAGAUAAAAAUGUUUUAUAUUAUUAUAUGUAAAUGUGUAGUUGUUUCUACAAAAAAUGCACUUGAAUUAAUAUGUAUAAUUUUUUUCUAACAAAAAAGGAAAAAAGAGAUUGGGGUGUGUGCAUCUUAUAGCAAUAGAACCUUCUGAAUCUCAUUUUGUGUCCCUGGCAUAAAGUAUAAGCAUAGACAAAUAAAAAAUUUGGUUCAUAA